ACCAGCAGGCGCAGCAGCUCCAAAUCCAACUUCAGCAGCAGCAGUUGCAGGCUCAGCAGCAGCAGCGUCUUCAGCAACUGCAGCAGCAGCAGCAGCAGCUCCAGUCGCAGCAGAUUGGUGUGUCUGGGCCCGGGGCUCGGCCAAUGUUCAAUCCGUUCGCAAGGGAAUGCUACCGGCGGGCAUUACAAUACAGCAGAUGCAGGCGUUCCAGCAGCAACAGCAGCAACAGCUGCUGCUUCAGCAGCAGGCAGCAGCGGCAGCAGCGACUGGUGUUCGGCCGCCUUCCAAUCCGAUGAUGUCGCCACCGCCUCAGGCAGCGCCGAGUACUACCGUGACUCCUACCCAGCAAGGUUCGCGCGGAGUGAAGCGCAAGAGUACUGCUAGCUCGCCAGUGUCCGGCCCAAAGUCGAAAUCGCCGCCGAUGAUGUCGCCUAAGGCGGCCAAGAUUGCGCGACCGGGCUCGGUUGUCAGCAAUGCUCGGGCAUCUGCAACAGCCUGUGGUGUCCAAUGCAGGAGCUGCCAGCCCCCGCUGGUGCAGCCACGCCGUCGACAGCAGCACCGGGUACUGCUGAUGCUGUUCAGGUGAAGACUGAGCCAGGCAUUGAUAGCAACGGCACGACGACCUCCGCAUCGUCUGCCGCCGCCGCUGCCGCAAGCACAGCAGCAGCAGCUCUGGCAGCGGUGGUGAAGUCGGAGCACUCAUCAUCCACGUCGGUGGAGGCACCCGCCGGCACAACGGUAUCGCCAGCAACAUCAGCCAGCGCAGUCUCGCCAGCAGUCGCCGGUGCCCUCACGAGCACACCGGCAGCAGUCUCG